AUGCUGCCCCGUGGUUGCCGGAAGGAGCUGGCGGAUCGGGAAGAAGAUGCAGGCAACGACACAGACGACCAUGCCUUGGGUCUCUAUGGUUCUGUUGGCCCAAUGCAUCAUCAGCAGCAGCAGCAGCAGCAGCAGCAGCAGCAGCAGAAGAAGAAGAAGAAGAAGAAGCAGAAGAAGCAGCAGCAGCAGCAGCAGAAGAAGCAGCAAGGGCACCUAAAGGACCAAAUGGAUUGUGUUGAGGUGAUGGACGGUGGAAAGGGGACAGAAGGUGCGAAUGUGACAGAAAUCCAAGAGGAAGGAGAUGAUGGUAACAACUCAGAUGAUGACUUUAUCGGGCUGUAUGGCGCUGUGGUGCGCAGCCGUGCCAGCAGCAACUGGUGGAAGAGCCACCAGCUGAGCAGUAGCAGCCAGCAGAGUAACGGCAACCAGCAGAGGGGCAACAGUCAACUGAGCAGCAGCAGCGGCGGCAGCAGCGGCAACAGCAGCAGCGGCAGCAGCAGCAGCAGCCAGCAGGGUAACAGCAAGCAGUUGAGGAGCGGUCACCCUGCUGCCCUUGCCAUCCCCAGACCUCUCAGCCCUCGUGCUGCGCGCAACCGUCCCGCUCCCCCUCGUGCUACCCCCGCGGCCAUCACUCCCCUUCAUGUUGCUGACUUAACUGUUGCUCCCAAUCCUAUUGCUCCCCUGCGUGACACGGGGAAAAAGGAGGAGAGGAAGGAGAGGAAGGAGGAAAUGAAGGAGGGGAGAAAGGAUACGAGAACGGAAGCGAGGAAAGAGAUGAAGGAGGAGAGGAAGGAAGCAAAGGAGGAAAAGAAGCAGGAGAGGAACCCUCAAGGUAGCAUGCAUGAGCAGAGGGAGGGCAGUGUGGAUGUGGGAGGGAAAGAAGUGAGUGGGAAGGAGGAGCAGCAGAGAAGGAAGAGUGGGGUGCGAAGGAGGAGUGCCAGCUUCAGUAUCAGCAGCAUCGUGAGCAGCAUCAGCAGCGGGUUCCCCUGGUAUUCCACCGACAGUGACAGCACUAGUGCCACUCCCAAAGAGAGGGUGGGUGCCGGUGCGAGGACUGGGGAACCUGCUGGUGUUGCUAGCACAACCGGCAGAGCGCGAGUGAGUGAGUGUAGAGUGCUUGAGGUGAGGGGGGAGAUGGGACCAGGAGAUUCGGACGGAGAGGAGUUUGAGGGAUAUGAGUGUGAAGGAGAGUGUGAGGGAGAGGAAUGUGGCGGAGGGGAGGGUGUGAGGAGGGAGGGGUGCCAGCCAUGCUGCCCCUGGGAAGCAGCCGGCAUUUCGUACCCCUUCCUGGGAGCUUCUGCUGGGCCGGAGGAGAAGGGACAUGGUGCCAUGGCUGUGGAUGGUGGCAUGCAUGGUGGCACGCAUGGUGGCACGCAUGGUGGCACGCUUGGUGGCACGCAUGGUGGCAUGCAUGGUGGCAGGCAUGGUGGCACGCAUGGUGGCAUCCAGCAGUUCAGCUCUGCCGAGAAGACACCGCCUAGUAUCAAUGCCGGGUCCGCUAUAACGGGCUAUGCGUUCACUGCUCCAUCUGCUGCUUGGGAUGGUGCUGAGAGUACUAACAACAGCCCCCGUUUCAAUCACAGCAGCCUCCAGUACAAUCACCGCAGUCACAGCAGUCCCCGGCCCCCUUCCCGUUUCCUCCACUCCCCCGCAUCAGCUCGCUCCCCCGUCUCCCCCCGCUCCGGCCCCUCAUCCCACCCGCGCCACAAGCACGCAGAAUCUCUCUCCCUGCAAUCCCACCCGCGUCUUGACUCAACUCAAGACUCCCCCAUGUCGGCACACUCCGCCCUCUCCGCCCUCUCCGCCCUCUCCCCCCCUUCUGGCCCCUCAUCCCACCCGCGUCACAGGCGCGCAUGCUCUCUCUCCCUUCGACCCGAUGCAUGCCUCAAGUCGACUCAACACUCCCCUGCAUUAGCUCCCUCCGCCCCCUCCGCCCUCUCCCCCCUCUCAUCCCACCACCCGCGCCACACACGCGUGGGCUCUCUCUCCCUGCGCUCCUCCUAUGCGCCCUGCUCGCCUCUCUCUUCCUCCCCCAGUGCCUCUGCUGCUACCUCCCCCGCGUCUGAGCCUGAUUGGUCGGGAAAGUGGGGCAGCAGGAGCUUACAUUUGGAGCUCUAUAACGGGGAUGCUGGCCCCUGCAGCAGUCAGAAUCUCUAUGAUGAUUUCGGUGCUCCGGAUCAGCAGCAGAAGCAGCGGCGAGAUCAGCAGCCACACCGAAACCAACUCCAGCAGCAGCAGCAGCAGCAGCAGCAGAAACGUGGGAAGGAGACGGAAAGCCAAGAUGACGAUGCUGCAGACGACUCAGAUGAUGAUUUCGUCGGGCUGUAUGGUGCUGUGCUGCGCAGCCGUACCAUCAGCAACAGGCGCGUGCGCAACCACCACCUGAGCAGCAACGUGAGUAACAGCAAGGAGCAGAGUAACAGCAAGGAGCAGAGUAACAGCAAGGAGCAGAGUAACAGCAAGGAGCAGAGUAACAUCAAGGAGCAGAGUAACAGCAGCAACCAGCCAAGCAGCAACAGUCAGCUGAGCAACGAAAAUGGGUUGAGGAGCUUUCGCACUGCUGCCCUCGCCACUCUGAAACCACUCAGCCCUCGUGCUUUUCCCCGCUCUGCUGCCCUCGCCACUCUCAUACCACUGCGCCCCCAUGCUUUUCCCCGCUCUGCUACCGUCCCCACUCCCAAGCCACUCAGCCCUCGUGGUUCUCCCCGCGCUUCUGCCCUCGCCACUCCCAAAUUGCUGAGCCCUUUUGCCUCCCCCCCCCAUCCCGCCCAGCCCCAUGCCGUUCCGCCCCGUCCUGCUCCCCCUCCUUAUGCUGCCGAUGGGGAUACGAAUGGGGGGAAGGAAGGGAGAAAGAGCCCGAGCGUUAUUGGGUGCAGGCCUGACACCAUUGGGUGCAAACCUGACACUAAACUGCCUAGGGUAAUAUCAUUCGGAUGGUGGGAGGAUCUCAACUCGGAUAUUAUAUGUCAGGAGAGGAAGGAGAGGAAGGAGAGGAAGGAGGAGGGGAAUGAAGUGAAGGAGGAAAGGAAGGAGGGGAGAAAGGAAGCGCGCAAAGAGAGGGAGGAGGAGGAGAAGGGACAAGGCAGUGGCUGUGCGAGUGGCAGUGGCUUGAGCGAUGAGGCAGCUCUUGAGAAUAGUGCCAGCCUUCAGAGAGACACUAGCUGUGCGAGUGGCAGUGGCUUGAGCGAUGAGGUACCAGGGAAUGGUCUGCCUUCAGACAAGGAGGGGUUGAGAGAGAGAGGUGUGGAUGUGGGAGGAGAAGAAGUGAGUGAGGAGGAGGAGGAGGAGGAGGAGGAGGAGGAGGAGGAGGAGGAGGAGGAGGAGGAGGAGGAGGAGGAGGAGGAGGAGGAGGAGGAGGAGGAGGAGGAGGAGCAGAGAAGCAAGGGAGAGAGGAAUAUGAGCAACGCUGCCCCUGGGAAGCAGCCGAAAUUUCGUAGGUACCCCUUCCUGGAAGCUCCUGUGGGGCCGGAGGAGAAGGCCCAUGCUGCCAUGCCAUUCCCGUGCAUGGUGGCAUGGCCGCGCAUGGUGGCAUGGAUGGUGGAGUGCAGAAUGAUGGACAGUCAACACAACACGGGAUACUCGUUCCGAGCAGCCACUUGA